CAAGGCUCCCGUCAUCGAUUUUGCCGUUUUCUGCAAGCCAGCGAGCUUGGAGGACUCUGGGAACCAACACAGAACAAUAACCUUGGGCUCGUCGAUCCGCGCAAGCUCUGAGCACUUCGAAUCAUGUCCGAGCUUCCUCCAGAGUUGUGGGAGAUCAUAUUCGAGUAUCUAUUCGAGGACAUCAAUACGCUCCUUUCCUGCUCGUUGGUCUGCACCGUGCUCGUACCCAUCUGUCAGCGACACCUCUUCGCCACCAUCAGCCUCCCAGGAUCCGGUCUACGUAUAGACCGCUUCUGUACCCUACUCAAAGGGUCUCCACAUAUCGGCGACUACGUGCGAUCGCUCACCUUGCAAGCCCCGACGCGUCACUCUCGCGCCGCUGCCAUAUACAUUCUUCGCAAUGGUACUCAGCGACUUACCCGUCUUGGCCUCCGAGGCUUCGACUGGCCAUCAUGUCCGGAGAGCCUGCAGCGCGCCUUGCUGGAGGUUAUCAGCCGCCCGACGAUCACGACAAUAGGGCUCAUGUUUGUCGAUCGUUUCCCCGCGGGCGCGCUCUGCGGGACGACAGUGCGCCAUCUUGUCCUCGAUGCGUCCGAUACAGCACCGCCGGAUGAUGCGCUGGACCAUGAUGCCUGUCCGCCACCUGCGCUGGAAAGCCUCCAGAUGCUCUCGCUCGGGUGGAGUCCGGAUGCCACCGCGCACGUUGACCGCUGGCUGCAGAGCGCGCAGCUCGACCUGAGCGGGCUGCAAACCGUCGUCGUCGACUGCGAGACUUACCAGAUUUACACGCUGUCGCCUUUUGUCGAAGGCGACGCUUCGCGCGUGAGCCGCCUCGUCAUCAGCUAUUCCUUCUCGGACCUACACGGCGUAGCUAGCUUGAUACACCGCCUCUCAGAGGCACUCAAUGCAGCGGGUUCCGCGCUUGUCAACCUUCGCGACAUCGACAUCCUGUGGUACCGACCGCACGCCGACGUCGCCGUUGGCGAAGCACUCGAUGCGCACCUCGCAGACCGGGAGCGCUUUCCUGCGCUCAAGCGCGUCACCUGGCGAUUCGCGACCAUCGGGCCCGCGCGCGCUCAGCCGCUCGGCUACGACCACACUUUCCCCGGGUUCGACUUGGAAAAGGUGGUUGCAGGAGAUGAGGCCAAGGUUCGCCCGGAUAUAGAGGCGAAGUUGAAGGAGGGUAUGCCGCAGUGUUCUGCGCUUGGAUUACUGUAUUUCUAGGUUGCUCGAAUAUCAUAUGUUGAGCUACACGUAUCAAACCAGCUACUAUCAUUCCU